AGCUGAAGGAAAAGGCAGAAGCGGGGAAGACUUUUUUCAGAAGAUCAUGGAAGAGACAAACACGCAGAUUGCCUGGCCAUCCAAACUGAAGAUCGGAGCCAAAUCCAAGAAAGAUCCCCACAUCAAGGUGUCUGGGAAGAAAGAUGAUGUAAAAGCUGCCAAAGAAAUGAUCAUGUCUGUCUUAGACACAAAAAGCAACCGCGUCACGUUGAAGAUGGAUGUCUCGCACACAGAGCACUCGCACGUCAUCGGCAAAGGCGGCAACAACAUUAAAAAGGUGAUGGAGGAGACGGGCUGCCACAUCCACUUUCCCGACUCCAACAGGAACAACCAGGCGGAGAAGAGCAACCAGGUGUCUAUAGCAGGACAGCCAGCAGGAGUAGAAUCUGCCCGGGCGAGGAUUCGGGAGCUGCUUCCUUUGGUGCUGAUGUUUGAGUUACCAAUUGCUGGAAUUCUCCAACCGGUCCCGGAUCCUAAUGCCCCCUCCAUCCAGCGCAUCUCACAGACGUACGGCAUUUCCGUGUCAUUUAAGCAGAGGUCUCGAAUGUAUGGUGCUACUGUCAUAGUGCGGGGGUCUCAGAAUAACACAGAUGCUGUGAAGGAAGGAACAGCCAUGCUAUUGGAACACCUUGCGGGGAGCUUGGCAUCUGCCAUCCCCGUGAGCACACAACUGGACAUCGCCGCCCAGCAUCACCUCUUCAUGAUGGGCCGGAACGGGAGCAACGUCAAACAUAUCAUGCAAAGGACGGGGGCUCAGAUCCACUUUCCUGACCCCGGCAACCCACAGAAGAAAUCCACCGUCUACCUCCAGGGCACCAUCGAGUCUGUCUGCCUGGCAAGGCAAUAUCUCAUGGGGUGUCUUCCUCUUGUGCUGAUGUUUGAUAUGAAGGAAGAGAUCGAAGUGGACCCCCAGUUCAUCGCACAGCUGAUGGAGCGGCUAGAUGUCUUUAUCAGCAUUAAACCAAAGCCCAAGCAGCCAAGCAAGUCUGUGAUUGUGAAAAGUGUUGAGCGAAAUGCCUUAAAUAUGUAUGAAGCAAGGAAAUGUCUCCUCGGACUUGAAAGCAGUGGGGUCUCCAUAGCAACCAGUCUAUCCCCAGCAUCGUGCCCUGCCGGCCUGGCAUGUCCCAGCCUGGAUAUCUUAGCUUCGGCAGGCCUUGGACUCACUGGACUAGGUCUAUUGGGGCCCACCACCUUGUCGCUCAACACGUCAACGACCCCGAACUCACUCCUGAACGCCCUCAACAGUUCAGUCAGUCCUUUGCAAAGUUCAAGUUCUGGUACCCCGAGCCCUACGCUGUGGGCACCCUCCAUCGCUAACGCCGCAAAUGCCACAGGCUUCUCUGCUAUACCACACCUUAUGAUCCCAUCCACCGCCCAGGCCACGUUAACCAAUAUCUUGCUGUCGGGCGUGCCCGCCUACGGGCACACAGCCCCGUCUCCCCCACCUGGCCUGACUCCCGUUGACGUCCAUAUCAACAGCAUGCAGACAGAAGGCAAGACCAUCUCGGCCUCUUUAAACGGACACGUGCAGCCUCCGAACAUGAAAUACGGGGCGCUGUCCACUUCAUCGCUUGGGGAAAAAGUGCUGAGUGCCGGUCACGGUGAUCCAUCCAUGCAGACAGCUGGGCCUGAGCAGGCUUCUCCCAAGGCAAACUCUGUGGAAGGCUGCAAUGAUGCCUUCGUUGAAGUGGGCAUGCCUCGAAGUCCUUCCCAUUCUGGGAAUGCUGGGGACUUGAAGCAGAUGUUGGGUCCUUCCAAGGUUUCCUGUGCCAAGCGGCAGACGGUUGAGCUCCUACAGGGCACGAAGAACUCACACCUGCACAGCACUGACAGAUUGCUCUCAGACCCUGAACUGAGUGCCGCAGAAAGUCCCCUCGCUGACAAGAAGGCGCCAGGGAGCGAGCGCGCAGCUGAGAGGGCAGCUGCCCAGCAGAACUCGGAGAGGGCCCGCCUGGCCUCGCAGCCGCCAUAUGUCCACAUGCAGGCCUUUGACUAUGAGCAGAAGAAGCUAUUAGCCACCAAAGCGAUGUUAAAGAAGCCGGUGGUGACUGAGGUUAGAACGCCUACAAAUACCUGGAGUGGCCUGGGAUUCUCCAAGUCCAUGCCUGCCGAAACCAUCAAGGAGCUGAGACGAGCCAACCAUGUGUCCUAUAAGCCCACGAUGACGACCGCCUACGAGGGCUCCUCCUUGUCCCUCUCGAGGUCCAGCAGUCGUGAGCAUCUGGCAAGUGGAAGCGAAUCGGACAACUGGCGAGACCGGAAUGGAAUAGGACCCAUGGGUCACGGCGAAUUCGCAGCACCCAUUGGCAGUCCCAAGCGCAAACAGAACAAGUCAAGAGAGCAUUAUCUCAGCAGCAGCAACUACAUGGACUGCAUUUCCUCGCUGACAGGAAGCAAUGGCUGCAACCUGAACAGCUGCUUCAAAGGCUCCGACCUCCCCGAGCUGUUCAGCAAACUGGGUCUGGGCAAAUACACAGACGUCUUCCAGCAGCAAGAGAUUGAUCUCCAGACGUUCCUCACCCUCACAGAUCAGGAUCUGAAGGAGCUAGGAAUUACGACCUUUGGUGCCAGGAGGAAAAUGCUGUUGGCCAUCUCAGAGCUAAGUAAAAACCGAAGAAAACUUUUUGAACCGCCGCCGAAUGCAUGCACCUCCUUCCUGGAAGGCGGAGCCAGUGGGAGGCUGCCCCGCCAGUAUCACUCAGACAUUGCCAGCGUCAGUGGCCGUUGGUAGCAGUACCUUCUGGACACCCACCCACCUGCUCCCUGCAGAGAUGGACAUGACCUGUGGACAGUCUUCACUGCACCCGUCCGUCCUUGGCACUCUGGGUAUCUGGGAUCGGGACCAAAGCGUUGACUUCGCACCUGUACUUCGUGGCAAAGAAAAAAAAGAGGAAGACAGGAGAUAUGUCUCAUGUUCUCAUGUUGCCUCAAAGCACCAAAGUGGAAAGAAAGCUUUUUAAACUUGCAAUUGGACAGAAUUUGCAAAAUGAGGGUAGAGCUUUGUUUCUUCCUAUUUUCUUAUAUAUGCACUGAUUUUUUUUUUCCUUAGCUAAAAUGAAGGCGAAUUUGACAUCUGGGAUGCCAGAAAACUUAGAAUUUUGUUUGCUUGAACUGUCUUGAUGUUUGGGGAUUUGAAAAAAAACAAAUAAUCAAAGUAUAAUUUUUCUGCUUUAAAGUAAUGACUGAGGUCUUCCAGCACUUUACAUGGUCUAGUUGCUCGUCCUGUGGAAUCUGUCUCUCACCUCUGUGUCUCUGCUAUUGGUACACGUUUUUCUGGCUCCCUCCAGUGUUUAUUUGAAAUGGUACUGGACAUUAGUGGGUCCCGUGCAGAGUUUUCUGUGCUCUUGGGAAAUGUGAGCCACUUGGCUCUGGACCAAAUUCUGUCCAUUUGAGUCAGCAUCUUAGGGAUCGUUGGCCGUGACUGCAGCUCACUGGCCAGGUACAAAAGACCAAAUGGACUUCGCAAUACCAGCCCUUUGCAGUUCUCAUAGUUAGCUGCCAUCUGUAUUGCUAAAAAUGAUCUUAAUGGCUGUCUCAAAGGCCAAGGGGCUGGUCUUUUAGUAUACUGCCACUAAAGGACGUUUAUUUAUAUCAAACUUUUAUUUUUAGAUAUUAUAAGCCUACAGUAGAUGACCGAUGAAAUCGAUAUUUUCUAGAGAUUUAUGGUAGAGAAUGAGCUGCCUUCAUAACUGGAGCCCUAGGUUGUCACUUUAUUUAAAAAAAAAGACAAGUAACCAUUUGACGAGACAGCUGUGCUGCCACUAUGAAGAGAAGAGGCCCCUCCUUACCCAGUAACUCCACCCCCUGUGGGUCCUGGGACAUUCUUCAAAGUGCCUUCCAGUCCACUCGAAGUCAGCUCGGAUCAGUUGGGAACAGAGGAAGUCCCUUGGGUGACCGCUCCUUCGAGAGCUGGAUUCUGAAGGGGGAGAGAAAGGUUUUCUAAGUGGCCAGGUUUAUCACUACAAUCUUAUACUGUGAAAGUCCAAGAGACCGGGCGACAUUAUUUUCUGUCUUUGCAGAUGUCUGAAGGUUUUCAGUCCCAUGAAGAAAACCGCCCCCCAUGCCUCUCUCCCUUCAGAGCGAUAGUCUUACCAAGUGUAUACAUCUUUCGGAAAACGUCCCCUGUAGGGUGUGUCGCCAGGUACCUUUCGUGAUGUGUCUAUGUUUAGUGUGUGACGGCUUUCAGUGUGACACAGACUGCUCCCACCUGCUCUAGGUAGAGGUGUUGGAAGACUGUGUACACAGCAGGGUGAGGUGAGAAAUCCCUGCCCUGCGGUUUAUUCUGAUCGCUGAAGAAUUGAAGGCAUCUUUACCCAGAGAGAGGUUUUCAGCUGGAAAACUUCGGCCCCCUGGAAGCAUGACAAGGAGCUUGUCACAGCAGUAUCUUCUACCUGGCACCACCUCAGCCUUAACCGCCAAAGGGCACAGAAUGGAAUCACUCUCUUUGUGAGUGUGGCGUGGCCAUCCUGCACCCCUGUGCUCAGAUGGCUGCCCAAGGCUUAUUGCAUAUCCACCAUCUCGGUAGACUGCUCGGUUCUCUAAAUUCUGUUAUUUCUUUAAUUAGUAAAAAAAAAAAACAAAAACAAAAAACCCUAAUCAUUGGAGGUUGUUGUGGACUCUGCCAUGCAUUUACUAAGAGAAGAAGAGGGAACAGAAUUUCAGUGUGAAGCUGGUUUAGGCUGGAUAAACAGUGCUUUGAUUUUACACCAAAGGGAAACUGCCCACUUCAACUUGAUUGCAUAGGGAGGCUAAAAAGAAAUAAUAAUAAUAAUAAUAAUAAUAAAUAAAAACACUGGAAGGUUUUUCUCCCUUUCUCUGGAUGCAGCCAAGAGCAUAGAGACUUGCUGGUGUCCUGCCAUACACAAAAUAUGUGGGUUAUUUGAAGUAAUGGUAACUUUUAACCAAUCUGGCCUUACUCGUGACUGGUAACCUGUAAAUAUGAGCAACACAGAUUGUAUUUUGUGGGGGAAUUUUUAUCCUUUUAUCACUUUUUUUUAAAAAAAACCUGAGAGAUGGGGGUGAACAUUGAAAGUGGGGAUUUUUUUCUAAACCAAUCGUUACAUGAGAAAAUAAAUUUAUAUAACUCCUUUGUA